CACAUACUGUGAGUCAUAUAGGGCAAGUCCUGCCUGGUGUGUUUACUCUGCUUCUCCUACCCGGAGCUGUGAAGACUUACAGCCGGACCGGAUAGAAGUCCGCGGAGUCUGGAUAUUAACCCGUUGUCAAGGCUCUUCGCUAAAUUAAUGAGAAAGAGAGGAGUGUAUAGUCCGUUUCUAAAUGGAGCUACUUCGGUUUUCCGCUUUUUGGUGUGGAGCGAUACUCUUUGGUAGUAUUCUGCUCGUGGAGGCGGAAGCCAGUAUAAUGAAGCUAAAAAGGCUGUGCAAGUUCUGUGACGUGCAAGCAACGAGCUGCGCAGGUAAAGGGAGAUGCAAGGUGGACUGUGACAUCACGUCCAUCUGUCCCGAUAAACAAGAUGUGUGUGUCAGUAUCUGGAGGAAGAAAGAUGACAACAUCACCUUUGAUACAGUCUGCCACAACCCAGCUCAGAGGCUCUAUGGCUUGGUCCUGGAGGAUUACAACAACAGCAAGUGCGAGAUGAAAGAAAUAAAGGGCAUGGGCUCACAAUUCUUCAUCUGUUCCUGCUCUGAGGAUGAGUGCAAUGAGCAUAUCUUCUUUAGCUCCAACAUGGAUUCCCAGGUGGUGGCGGUCAUCUUAGUGAGCCUGGUGCCUCUGCUCGUUGUGGCUGUUGUCGUCAUCACUUCCUUCUACUGUUACCGGGUCUACCGCCAGCGGCAAGCCACCUCCAAGCGCAGGAGGGGUCCUCCGCUGGACUUCAGUGACGGUCGCGCCAUCAUGAUAGACGACGAAGGUUCAGACAGUAGCUCCACACACGCCAACAACCUCAACCACAACACCGAGCUGCUGCCCAUUGAACUGGAUGUGCAGGUUGGAAAAGGACGCUUCGCAGAAGUUUACAAAGCCAAGCUUAAGCAGGGCUCCUCAGUCAGCGAGGAGCAGGGCUUUGAGACAGUGGCUGUUAAGAUUUUCCAGUAUGAGGAGUACGCCUCCUGGAAGAGUGAGAAAGAAAUUUUCUCAGACGCAGACUUGAGACAUGACAAUGUGCUUCACUUCCUGACAGCAGAGGAAAGGAAGGUGCAGAGACAGUACUGGCUGAUCACAGCCUACCAUCCAAGAGGAAACCUCCAGGAGUACUUGAUUCACCAUAUUAUCAACUGGCACGACCUGUGGAUGCUGGGAGGCUCGCUAGCGUGUGGCGUGGCGCACCUCCACAGUGACCACACUACUUGCGGUCGCUACAAGGUGCCCAUCGCACACAGGGACAUUAAGAGCUCCAACAUACUUGUGAAAAGCGACCUGACCUGCUGCCUGUGUGACUUUGGCCUCGCCCUCCGCCUGGACAACAGUCUGUCUGUGGAUGAGCUGGCCAACAGUGGGCAGGUGGGAACAGCCAGGUACAUGGCCCCAGAGGUCUUGGAGUCCAGAAUCAACCUAGAAAACAUCGAGUCCUUCAAACAGGCUGAUGUGUAUUCAAUGGCUCUUGUACUGUGGGAGAUCAUCUCCAGGUGUAACGCAAUUGGAGAUGUGAAAGAGUACGAGCCACCCUUUGGGAACCUGAGGGAACAUCCAUGUGUCGAGAGUAUGAAGGACAGCGUCCUCCGAGACAGAGGAAGACCCGAGAUCCCCGACAGCUGGCUCAACCACACAGGCAUCCAGAUGGUGUGCGCCGCCAUAGACGAUUGCUGGGACCACGACCCCGAGGCCCGUCUGACAGCCCAGUGUGUUGCCGAGCGAUUCUACGACAUGGAGUACCUGGACAAGCUGUCAGAUCGCUCUGACUCAGAGGAGAAGAUCCCUGAAGAAAUCUUUGUGGUGGAUGAGAAGUAGAGCGCAACAGAAACACUGCCCCCUACCAGAGUGGCAGAGGAAGUACAACCAAGCAGCUGGGAGAGAACAAUAUUCCAGUGGAUGCAUCGUUUGCAAUGGGUUCGUCAGAAAUGUUUGACGGAGGAGCAAACUGGAAAAUCAUGUAGAGGAAACAGAACUGAUACCAGAGAUGGACUUCCAUAAACAGAUCAGGACCAACUUUAAUAUAAACAGCAGUGACUGACUUGAUUUGUUUUCUCCUACAUGCUUCACAGACUGGAUCAAGUCGUACAUAAA